AUGUUCCUGGAUCGUCUAAGUAACGCGCGACCCAACAGCGCGUACGUGGUGGAGUCUUUUGACGUCACUGCCCUCUAUACGAACGUGUCGAGUGACUCCGCUAUGCAAGCCUUCCGCGGGAUCCUUAUACAACACGAAGGAGCAAUAAACAUGUACGGCUUCUCGAUUCAGCAGUUGAUGACACUCUUAAGGGAGUGCCUAAACUGCUCAAUCUUCAGAUGGUUCGGGAGGUAUUACGCUCAAAUGAGAGGGCUGGCAAUGGGACGAAGACUGGUACCAAGCCUUGCCAUUGAAUUGAUGUCUAAGGUGGAAGCGCCAGUAAUCGACCUCGGUCCGUUACUCUACUGUAGAUAUAUAGAUGACUGCUUGGUCAUUUGUUCAACACAAGAAGAAAUUGACAGAUGUUUCGAGUUGUUGAACGAAGAACGAACAGUCACAGUAUAUUAA